AUGAGUCAGUCGCCAAUUUCAACGCCGCCGUCCAGCAGCAGUCAAAGCCCACAGGGCAGUUUUCCAGACUCAUUCAUGAUACCAUGGAGGAAGUUCCCCGAGGCUUUGACGCAGGCUUUGGAGAGAGGAAAACGUCCAAGUCCAAGUUUGAGGAAAGAGAUGGUGAGAAUUGUGGUCCGUGAAAUGAUGAAAGUAACCACUUCACUAUGUAAAAGGAACGCUGUUGAUGUGGCUAGGAAAUUGGUGGCCAAAUACCCCAAAUCACUGCAAGAUGUCAUUGAGGGUGACAUAAUUGGCACAGGGUACUACUCCCUUGUGAAACAAAUUCAAAAUCGGAUCGAAAAUGUGAAAAGGCCUACAACACCUAAAAUAAAAAGAAGAACACAUGACUCUGACACUGACGAAAUCCCCCCUGAAAAACGGGCAGCGAUUCAAGACACCUAUGGGUGCAUCCGUUGGCAUGUCAAGUUUCUGCCCCUUGGAGAAACAGCUGAAAGCCAGCAGCAAAAGAAAGAUGAGCUUAAAAAUCUUUUUAGUCAGAAUGAGCAAAGCCCAGGUCCUGUAAAGAUGCUUAUGAAGUCCACAUUCUACACCCAGCGACAAGAGGUGAACCAAGGAAAGGACGUGAAGUACCUCCUGGAGAACUGGCCAUAUUGGUUUUGUGAAAUUGGCAUGGCUGUUCACUUUAACGAGCUCACUGGAGUGGACCUAAAGGAAACCUUCCUAAAGAAUAUGGAACAGAAGGGGGAAAGGCUCCUGCACUUCAUGAAGACAGUUGCUGUCAACAAAUCCAAAAGAUUCUAUCAAGCUGCAACAAAGCUACAAAUGAUGAGGGGAGAACACCCAGGCUACACACAUGCCACAGAAAUGGUGCUGCUCCUCCUGGCUUAUUUUGAUGAGAAAGAAGAUGUGAUGUUCCAUUAUGUGGAGGACACUUGCCUGGCUGGGGAAGUGGACAUGAGCAGAGUUCCCUUGACUCCCACGAUUGUUGUAUGUGGGCAGUCCUGCUAUUCCUCCGGACGGAUGAUGCUGAGUGUGGAUCAAGUCAUCGUGAACGAGAACAUCUCUUCCUUCAUCUUGGCCUUGUGCAUGAUGUUUGGCAGCUAUUACUGCUUUAACAUUCAUUACCCAUCCACGCUUGCAUCGACCCUGGAAUUUCUACAGAGAUGUUUCUUCUCUAUUAAUCCGGAGAAGGGGACGAAAGUGGAACAAACAAAAACAAAACGGCUCCAUGUGAAUCCAAGAGUCCUUACUUUGAUUCAGGACCUCUCAGACCAUGAAUGGCGAGCUAUUUAAAAAGGUGUUCCUUCAAAGUGAUGGAGCCGAUGAACACCUAUCUCACCUUUUUUCGUGGCUCUAUAUUACCAAGGUUCACAUUUAUUCACUCGCUCACUACCACACCUCACUCACAAUCCCUCUCUCUCACAAACACAAGUGCAACCACACACACACACACACACACACACACACUUUAAUGAUCUCUUUC